AGAGAGAGAGAGAGAGAGAGCGACAGAGAGCGAGAGAGAGAGAUAGAGAGAGAGAGAGAGAGAGCGUUGUUUCAUUUGGAUUCCACGCGCAGACUAAACGUGUGGAGACGUCGUUUGACGUUAUUUUUAACUGAGCACAACAUAGGACGUGUUUGUCAGUCAUGGGGAAAGUUUUUCUUGUCGUGUUAAUCGCUUUAAUUCUUCUGAACGCGACCCGGGCUAAAGGAAGGAAGGCCAAAGGCAACAGCACUGUCUUCGCCAGACCGAGGACUUUUCAAGGAAACGCCAUCCCAGUCAACGUCCCUCCUCCUCCAAACCGAACGACAGACCCCCAAACACCCGUCCUCCCGUUCGCCGUUGAUGUCGAAGUCCAGUUACAAAGCAACAACACGGCAAACUACCUCCAAGGUCCUCUGAGCAACAGUUUCAUCCCAGCCGUCUACAUCAUAGCCGUCGUUGUCGGCAUUCCCUCCAAUAUCGCCAUCUUGAUCUCCGUUGGAACCAAAGUGAGGGUGAUUUCGUCAGCUAUUUUGUACUGUAGCCUGGCAGCAUCCGACUUGCUGCUGUUGUUCAGCCUGUUACUGAAAGCACACUAUCAUCUCAGCGGAAACCAUUGGAUAUUCGGCGAAACCGCUUGUCGUAUCACGACCGCCUGUUUUUACGGAAACCUUUACUGCUCCGCGUUCAUAUUAGCAUGCAUUAGCAUCAAACGCUACAUAGCUGUGGUGCAUCCUUUCCUUUAUAAGAGCUUGCCAAAGCGCUCGUUCACCACUUGGGGUUGCCUAACCGUUUGGAUUAUAUUUAUUAUCGCCACUGUGCCAGAAUUUCUAGUGCAACAAAGCUACCGCAUCACAGAUCUCGGAGUAAUCACAUGUCAUGACGUUCUUCCUGCUAAUUUAGAUUACUACCAGUGGCUUAUCUAUUAUAAUUUAGGCUUUGCCUGUGUAGGUUUUUUUCUGCCCCUAGUGGUGACAGUGGCAUGUUACACCUCUAUUGUCUGGCACCUGAACCGUUCGCACCGAGACUGGGCUCUUUAUAUCAGAGCUAGCACUUUUAACUUCGUUAUCUUCGUUUUGUGCUUCGGCCCGAGCAGCUGCCUUCAUUUUGUGCAUUACGUUCUGCUGUCUGUCGGCUCCACGGAGAGUUUUUAUAUCUACUUCAGCGUGUCCGUGUGUCUGUGUUGCCUGCACAGCGCUCUGGAUCCGUAUCUGUUCGUGCUCAUGUCCAGGACUGUCGGAACCAAACGCUACUUCCUUACACGCAAAGGACGCGCGCUUAGCAUCUCUGCGUAAAGUCAACAUGAAAUGCUUGUUGUGGAGCCUGUUUAACUUCCCUAAUCUUUGAAACUGGAUAUUUAAUGUGACCUGUCUGAAAUAGCCGAAAGACACUUUUUUUUUUUUUUUUCAAGAAACUAAUACUUUUAUGCAGCAAGAAUGCAUCAAAUUGAUCAAAAGUGACAGUAAAGACAUUCAUAUUGUUUAUACUGAAAGAUUUAUUUUGAACUUUCUAUUCAGAAUCCUGAACAAAACGUAUGAUUUGUACAAAAGUAUGAAGGAACACAAUUGUUUUCAACAUUGAUAAUGAUAAGAAAUGAGCAGCAAAUCAGCAUAUGUGACCCUGGACCACAAAACCAGUCUUAAGUCGCUGGGGUAUAUUUGUAGCUAUAGCCAGCUACAUUGUAUGGGACAAAAUUAUCGAUUUUUCUUUUAUGCCAAAAAUCAUUAGAAUAUUAAGUAAAGAUCAUGUUCCAUAAAGAUAUUUUGUAAAUUUCUUACCAUAAAUAUAUCAAAAUUAAAUUUUUGAUUAGUAAUAUGCAUUGCAAAGAACUUAAUUUGGACAACUUUUAAGGCGAUUUUCUCAAUAUUUUGAUUUUUUUUGCACCCUCAGAUUCCAGAUUUUAAAAUACUUGUCUCUCAAUAGUAAUGGCUGCUGAAAAUACAGCUUUGCAUCACAGGAAUAAAUGUAAUAAAUUACAUUUUAUGAUAUAUUCAAAACGGAAAACAAUUGUAAUAUUAUUUCACAUAAUACUGCAUUUUUGAUCAAUUAGAUGCAUUAAGAAUAUGAAGCAAAUAGUCAAUUGUGAUUUCAUGUUGACUGAUUAUAAAGCGUUAUCUAGAAUGUUUUUUGGUUUCAGUCUUGUUUCUGAACCUCUUUGUUCUAGAUUUAAAGUUUUUAAUAUGUGAAGUGCCACGAGGAGAACUAAUAGUUGGUAGUUCCAGCCAGAAUCGGUUGGACAGGAGCAGCACCUUUUAUACUGAAUACAAAUGGAGAGUCGUUUGAAUGGCCCUUGAAGAAAAGGAUGUAAUAUACUGCCUGGACUGUGUUCAGAGACUGUGUGUUUUGAAUGUUACAUAAAGCCUUGUUGACCAAGGCAAAGUUAGUCUGUGUGUGUAUUCCCUGUUUGUAUAUAGAAUUUAAAUGCUUUAUUUUAAUUCCUGUGAUUUCAAAGCACAGCAUUAAUAUAGUCAUUAAAACAAAUAAAACAGUGUUUCAGUGAA